GACGUGGAGCCGUUCGGCUACAGCACCGACGGCCACAGGUGUGCUAAGCGAUGCCGCUGCUCCGCAAAUGCCGACUUCUCCUUCGAAAGGCGGUUGACGUUAUGGGCCCCAGUUGUGAUGGAGGGACCCCGGCGAAGCCGCAGCCCCCGGCCGACCAGCCCGAGCGACUCGAAGCGAUCUUCCAGCCUCUGUUCGAGUCCCUUGAGGAGACAGCGAUGGAUCACAUCGACAACCUCGUCGAGGAGCAGGCCGAAGGCUCGGACUCUGUGAUCGACUUUGGUGAGGUUCUGGAGCGGGCUCGCUCGCUCGCGUACCUCUCGGCGACGUGCAAGCUGCUGCGCGAAAUUCACAAGCCGGAGCCGCUGCGCGUCAAGCUGCUCGGCCUGCUCGUCGUGUCGGACGAUGAGAUGCGCGUCGUCAUGUCCUACCGGCAGGAGAUGCUGCACGACCCCAUCCUUGGCACCUCGCGCCGCCGGCAGACCGUGCAUGAGGCGGAGCGGUUCAUGAGCUACGUGCUGCGGCAACGCGCCAAGACGCUCUGGAAGAUCCACGACCCCAUUUCCUACCGCGCCUGCGGCGAGCUGCCUCGCAACAUCGGCGGGUACGGCUCCCGCCGCCUCUGCGUGUGGCACAUGAACCGCGUGCGGCGCGACGCGAUGAUGUCCUUCUACACGCGGCUCGCCAUCGCGUCCAAGCUGGCGCAGAUCAAGGAGGCGGCGCCCCUCUGCUCCAAGCUCAAGGAGUACGGGUACGGGUCUGCCCUCUGGCGCUCCCUCGUCGCGGACAUAUCGGCGGGCGUGCUGUCCGCAGCGCUCAACGCCGCGCAGGCGCACUCUAUCAUGGAGAAGAUCGUCACGUACGACAAGCGCACCGGCCUGUCGGUCGAGGUGUCGAGCCGCGGCAUCGCCGAGCGCGCCAGCCUGCCGCCCUACCUGCCGCCCCCCUACUGGCCGGCGGCGCCGGAGGUGGAGUAGGCGGCAAUGGCGGGCAUGAAGCAGCAGAGGCGGCUCCAAAGUGCUUUUUUAUUCUCCGAGGCUGGCCUCGCCAGCGCCUGCCUAAUCGCUCCCCACAACGCUGCUGAGCACCCCGCUUUACAGCGGGAGUGCCGCGGUUUGUGUCUCGGGUCCUCUGUCACGCUGGAGAGAGAGAGUGUGUGUGUGUGUGUGUUGGGGUUCCUGGAGCGGCCGCAUAUUGCGCUCGGCAACCCCCCUUGGGUGUGUGCUCUUGUGUUUUUACCGUGUGUUUGUCCGACGUGCUUUUGUGCCCCACUCGAGUGCCACGCGCGUUGUCGUUGGGGCGAACGCUGAGUACUUACAUGUACAACAUG